AUGCUUAAUCAGAGAGUGUACGUAUAGUAACAUUUUGAUGUAUUCAGAAGAAAUAAUAAUAGUGCUAUAUUCACCAUGUUUAUGAAAGCAUGCAUUCUCCUAUUGUUCCUUGACCACGCAACUUGCUUUUGGGACGUGGGGACUACUACACCUAGCUUCAUCAGAACAGACACCACUCCACGGCAGAGCUUCUUCAGAUGGCAGAUAACUCAGUUCGAAAACUUAGCAUUUUGGUUCUCCAACUGGGACUGGUAUACUAUCAGAAUGAACAGGCGAUUGAAUGCCGUCUGCGGAAUAUCAAUAGACUUUCUGCCACUCGGUACAGCAGCAUUGAUGAACAGAAGAACACUUAUAACGUCGGCAAACUACUUGGAACCAUACAGUAACAGGAUGAAAGACUUAAGGAUAUGGUGCUUGGGACGAGAAGGACUACAUACUACUCCGUAUAGAUACCGGGUAUGGCGAUUCAGAAGAUUGUUUCCAAAGAGUCAAAAUCCUGAGCAUUGGCAUGGACCGCGGGGGGUGCACGUGCCUCGUCACGACGUAUCCGUGAUACACAGCAUGGAUCAGAUCUACAUAUACUAUAUCAAAUCCGUUAGGUAUCAUUACCCGUACAGAUCGUGGCUCAUUGGCAAACAUGAUGAACUUGAUGAUCGGCUGUGGUUUGCGGGCUCAGGAUACGAGUACCUUGAGCAUAUAGCAGAAAACUACAAGAUAUUCUUCGCUAACCAAACAAAGGACGAAAUCGUGGACUGUUCAAAAUACCUUCCGAAGUGGUGGGGCAAGUUCAUAUGUAUCAGGAAUAGCCACGGAUUUUCUGGUGUACCCAACGGUGGUGGACUUUAUACGAUAUAUGGAGAUGAAGACUAUCUUACUGGAGUUGGGUGUUUUGAGAUAAGAUAUAACGAAGACCGGAUACUGGUGUUCACAGAUCUUAGGUAUUAUGUUGAUUGGAUUAAUAUAUUUGCCAACAUAUCAAGAGGAGAAUACUAUGAAUACGCCUACCCUGAAUGGAGCAUUAACUUGGGAAUGCUUUACGAUGGAGGAGUAAAUUAUCCAUACAUUCCGAUGUGGCAGAUUCAGAACGAUAUGUUCCCUCUUGGGAGGAAAAAAAAGUGAUUUUGAGACAUCUAACACCUCGGUUCUCGUCACUAACUUUUCGUAGAUCGUUACAACCACAGUAAACUGUACCCUUAAUGUAA